GUCUACCACUCGCUCCAUCACUGCGCUUCCAACACACCGGCGUAGACUAACCCAUACCAAUAAGUUUUUGUGUUUUUACUGUUGGAUUUUUACUCUUAACACUUCAACAUGUGCGACGACGAGGUUGCUGCUCUUGUCGUAGACAACGGCUCCGGCAUGUGCAAGGCCGGGUUCGCCGGAGACGACGCUCCACGUGCUGUAUUUCCGUCAAUCGUCGGACGCCCAAGACAUCAGGGUGUCAUGGUUGGUAUGGGUCAGAAAGACAGCUACGUUGGAGAUGAAGCCCAGUCCAAGAGAGGUAUUCUCACCCUGAAGUACCCCAUCGAGCACGGCAUCGUCACCAACUGGGACGACAUGGAGAAGAUCUGGCAUCACACCUUCUACAACGAGUUGAGAGUUGCCCCCGAGGAGCACCCAGUCCUGCUCACAGAGGCUCCCCUCAACCCCAAGGCCAACAGGGAGAAGAUGACCCAGAUCAUGUUCGAGACCUUCAACGCUCCCGCCAUGUACGUCGCCAUCCAGGCUGUUCUGUCCCUGUACGCCUCCGGUCGUACCACCGGCAUCGUGCUCGACUCCGGAGACGGCGUCACCCACACCGUCCCCAUCUAUGAGGGUUACGCCCUGCCCCACGCCAUCCUCCGUCUGGACUUGGCUGGCCGAGAUCUGACGGACUACCUCAUGAAGAUCCUCACCGAGCGCGGCUACUCCUUCACGACGACCGCCGAGCGAGAAAUCGUCCGAGACAUCAAGGAGAAGCUCUGCUACGUGGCACUCGACUUCGAGCAGGAGAUGGCCACCGCCGCCUCAUCCUCCUCCCUCGAGAAGAGCUACGAGCUGCCCGACGGUCAGGUCAUCACCAUCGGCAACGAGAGGUUCAGGGAUCCCGAAUCACUGUUCCAGCCAUCCUUCCUGGGUAUGGAGUCCGCCGGCAUCCACGAGACGACGUACAAUUCCAUCAUGAAGUGCGACGUCGACAUCCGUAAGGAUCUGUACGCCAACACCGUCCUGUCCGGAGGCACCACCAUGUUCCCGGGUAUCGCCGACAGGAUGCAGAAGGAGAUCACCUCCCUGGCUCCCAGCACCAUGAAGAUCAAGAUCAUCGCGCCACCAGAGAGGAAGUACUCCGUCUGGAUCGGCGGCUCCAUCCUGGCUUCCCUGUCCACCUUCCAGCAGAUGUGGAUCAGCAAGCAGGAGUACGAUGAGUCCGGCCCAUCCAUCGUGCACCGCAAGUGCUUCUAAGCGACACGCGAUCCUUCUAGGACUGAUACUCUACCUAACUAAAUGUCAUGACAGGCUGUCUGGAUGUUGAGUGCUUGAAUGCCAUAGCAACCGUGACUUUGGGGACAAUUCUUUUGCCCUUGGUCUACAAAAACAAAAAACAAAACAAAAACUUUCGGGACAAAGAUCUAACUAGAAUGGUACCUGUUUCUGGAAUUUUUUUUCUUCUAUAUUUUUUCUUCGCUGUUGUUGUACAGAACGCAAUGACUGUUAAUAUUUUUUGUCUUUCAAAGAAUGGGAUAGAUUGGGAAAUGUUACAAGACAAUCUCAGGACGCUGUCACCUUAAUACCAUUGUAAAUUAUUGUACGGUGCCGGGGGAUUGACAUACACCUCCCCUCGGGGAGUUUCCACUCUUGAAUGAUGUAUAUGUCAUAUUGUGAUUGGGGACAAACCCAUAUUGAAAUACUAUACACUGCCAACCUUUAACUUGUAAAAUACGUAGACCUUCGACCGGCGCAAAUAAAAAAAUGUUUGAAGGGA